CUUGUCAUUAGCGUGAUUACCAUUAAGUUAAUUCAAAUAAUGUUGAUGAUUUUACGAGCGCAACAAAUUCAGUUAGUUUCACAACUAUGGCACGAAUUCAACCUAGAUAUUUGAACAAAGCGUGUUCCCCUCGCAAUAUUGGAAACGGUACCAUCGGCAACGCGUGUCCUUGGCAGGCACAACGAAACGUCAAUGAAAUUUAAUAUACCGUCUACGAUAACCCAGUUAUCGUAACGUAAGCUGUAUAUAAAAAGCGGCAAGUACGCCUGCCGCAUCCCUCGGCAGUCGCUGUAGUCCGCGGGUAGUACGGAGUGCCCGCCCGCCGCCGUCGCACCCAUUGACCUCGUUUACAUAAUAACAAUCUGAAAAUGGACGAAUAAAACUAAAGAACAUUAUAAUGAGUUUGUUCGUUGAUUUACGUCAAAUUAAAUCUUCAGUAACAAACCUAUCUGAGAUGGUCGACAAGAUAUCUUCAUCUGUGACAAAGGAAAAGAAACCAGAAGAACAACCUGGGAAGGAUGACAUUUUGUACAGGAGUUCUAUGUACACUAGUUCUAUUCACAAACCGACGACUCUAGGCUUCGGAGUCCGUUUUUCCAGUCAAGAAGAUGUUUACCAAAGCCUUCCAAUGCCUUCGUCUAGACUACGCAGCCACGUGUCGCUCCCAAACCUGGGUAAAGCUGAAACUGCGUUCGAUAAACCGAGCACUUCACGUAAGGAGGACAGGCCAAAAAUUGUUGAACUCGAUGAAGAAAAGAAUAAAACCACCUUAUAUUUAUCGUCAGAAAAUAUCAACGACUGGAUAGUUGCAACUAUUAAUAAGAGACCUCAUUUUGAUGACGUGGGAGAAACUCACCCUAUGGAUUUCUUAGAAAAUAUACAGUACUACAUAUCCGAAUUAAAAAUGGCCCAGGAAAAACAACUUCCAUUCAUUAUUUCAUGUUUAGAAGGAGUUCCACUCAUGUGGGCUCGAUGCUUCAGGAGUGAGUUCAAAGAUGUGGAAACAUUCUAUAAAGCUUUCGAACUAGAAUUCUGGGGCCCCGACAGACAAAAAGCGGUAUUAUACGACAUGAAAUUAGGAAAAUACGACGAGAGUAAUCCCAGAGUCAGUAUGUCAGAAUAUUUCUUGCACAAAGUGUCCAACUAUAGACAUUUAACACCGUCCCCAUCAGACUUGGAGAUAGUUUAUUCGCUGGCAGCUCAUUUUCCUACAGCCGUAGAGUUAGAGCUACGCCUGGCACCCAAACCUACGCUACGCGAGGCGUACCACGUGCUACGGCGUAGAGAAGGCGAGGGUUCUGAUUUUCUACCGAACUAUUUGUAUGAAAUGUGUGAAGCCUUUCAGCGUGGCCAAAGACCAGAAUCAGCCAGACGUGGUGACGGAUCAUCAUCCUCUUAUAACGUAGAACAUGAAAAGAAAAUUACUAAAUAGUGUUAAACGACUUUGCACUAACUUUAUACGUACUAACAAUUCACUGCCAUUGUAUAACUUAAUUAGACACCUAGGUACUUAGGCUAUGGAUGGUUACCAUUUUUCAAAUAAACAUUACAUUAAGUACAUAAAAUUGUUU